UCCGAGGCAGAGGAGAAGAGAGGAAGAGAGCAAGCCAGACAGACACACACAGAGGGAGAGACCAGGAACGCAGAGAGACGGCGGAGCGCUGGCCGCACGGAGCCUCGCCGGCAGCCGAGAUGUACCGGUCCACGAAGGGAGCCUCCAAGGCGCGGCGGGACCAAAUCAAUGCAGAGAUCCGAAACCUCAAGGACCUGUUGCCGAUCGCCGAAGGGGACAAACUCCGGCUGUCCUACCUGCACAUCAUGUCGCUGGCGUGCAUCUACACGAGGAAAUCCAUCUUCUUCUCCAAAGGUGCAACUCCGGAAAGCUUGGAGAGCUUGCUCUCUACCCAAGACUUGGACGAUUUCAUGCAGUCCCUUCCGGGCUUCCUGCUGGCUUUCACGGGAGAAGGCAAACUCAUCUACGUCUCGGAGAACGUGGCCGAACACCUCGGGCACUCUAUGGUGGAUCUGGUGGCCCAAGGAGACAGCAUCUACGACAUUAUUGACCCAGUGGAUCAUUUUGUGAUGAGGAACCAGUUGGCCUUGCCUUCUCCAAUGGAUACCGUCCGGCUCUUCCGUUGCCAUUUCAAUACUUCCAAGACAAUCAGGCGUCAAAGCGCAGGAAACAAACUGGUCCUGAUCCGAGGGAGGUUCCACCAGCCCCCGCCUGGCUCCUACUGGUCCAGCAACCCCGUCUUCACAGCUUUCUGCACCCCUCUGGACCCCAAACCCAGAGUCGGCCAGAACUCCUUCUUCUUGUCUUCUUUUGAGAGCCGCCACACGAAAGAUCUGGCCAUUGUGGACAUCUCUGAAAGUGUGAUGUUCUACUUGGGUUUUGAGAAAAGUGAACUGUUUUGCAAAUCCUGGUACAGCCUGAUUCAUCCAGAAGACUUGAGCCAUGCCUCCACUCAGCAUUACCGGCUGUUGGGUGACACGAGUGGAACUCAGGCUGAAAUGGUCAUCCGGCUUCAAACCAAAGAGGGCGUUAACUGGAUAUGGAUAUAUUCACUGCUCCACAUGGAGAAUUCUGACGUUUCUAUCACCAGUCACAACUAUAUAAUCAGUGACUCCGAAGCCUGGUGCCUCAAGCAGCAGCUGUCUGCUGAAGAAACCCAGGUGGCUUACACCCUCGAAAGCACCCCGGCCUUCUUGGAAGGCCUUCUCUCCCCAGGGCAACUCUCCAGCCCGGAUCAAGUCUUUACCCCCGCGGCCGGCACCCCGACCAGCACUGUGGUUGCGCCGUCGUUCGAUUUCGGGGCCGCCGGCAGCGCAGAAGGCCCCUCUGCCGCCUUCCUGGAUCCCUUGGCGGAAGCUCUGCCCCGAGAGGUGAUGGAAACAUCUGGAAAUAUCUCCUCCGUGGAGGAGCACACUCCUGGUUCCACCGUCAGCCUCCCUGGCAAGGGCCCCCUGUUCGGCUACGUCCUCUUCCCGACAGCCUACGAACAGACUUUGCGUCGGGAGAACCUCAGCGGCUCUUCCUCCAAAGAUUUCGUCUGCACUCCUCCUUAUACACCCCACCAGGGAUCGGCCUUCCUGUUCGGGGCCCAGGAAGCGUACACCCCAACGUCUGCCUCUGCCGCCAUGACUUCCAUGACCACCACCUUUCCCACGGCAGCCGCUGCCACGCCUGCUGCCGCCACCACCACCACUGCCUCCUCCUCCUCCACCACCACCACGCCCGAGAUGUUCUACACCCAAGAACAAUGCAGUGCUCUCUAUGAGAAGUUACCGCCCACCCCGGACAGCCCUGGUAAUGGGGACUGUACCGUCAUGACCUUGCCAGAGAUCAGAGGUCCCCUCUACGUAGACGUGCCCAUGGUGCCCGAGGGGAUCCUGACGCCGGAGGCCUCCCCCAUCAAGCAGACCUUCUUCAGAUAUUCUGAAAAAGAGAAGAACGAGAUCGAACGGCUGACUCGGCACAUCAGCAGCCUGGCCGAAGCGUUCGGCUCCGUCGCCUCCCGAGAGCUCGCCAAGAACGCCCCGGUGACUCUGGAGGGUUCGGAUCCGGCCGUGGCCCCCGAGCUGUGCCUGGACUUCCAGCCUGCCAAGAACUGGAGGAGCCUUGACUUCUCCUUGUUGACCUGUCCGGAGGACGACCUCCUGGAAGAGGACGCUCUCGAGACCCUUCUCCAAGACCUGUCUGCCUCUUUGUUCGAGAAAGCUGGCGCAGGUCUGAGGUGCUCUCGCCACCCGUUCUGCGGUGUGAAUGUCAGUAGUCCAAUGGGUUUGGACACCGAAGAUAGCAACCCCGGGGCCUUGGCUCCUUCGCCCAGCCUGGGCCUGCCUCCUCCAGAAGAGCAAAGCUUUUUGGAAGAACUGGCCUCUUACGAAACAGCCUUUGAGACAUGUGCCUCAAACUCUCCCUGUGACGGGUUAGAUGAGUUGUAUCAACUCCAGAGCCACGCGCAAGAGGGCUUCCAUGAAGAUGGAAGCGAAAGUGACCCUUCGUUUUGAAAUAAGUCCAUGACUUAACUUUUCUAAAGUAUGGCAUAUUGUCAUAUCUCAAGGACCUUUCUUUCACCGAAAGCCCUGGGAAACAUUCCAAGAAAGAAGCAGGAGGAUGUCUUUCCGCGCAUUCUGAACUGGGGGUUUUCGGAGGAAAAGACUCUUUUUUUGUGUAUGUUUUUUUAAAAAAAAUAAUAACAAAAGCAAAAAAAAAGAGAUAUGUCUAUCUUGAUUCUAAGACAUCGACGUUAGGCUAGCUGAUCAGAGCUAAGGGAAGGACCAUCGUAAGUGGACUUUCACAUCUUACUGUAUUCACUCGUAGUGAGUAAUCUUAUAUGUAAUUUAUGAAGAAACACAAGGUGGGGGGGGCGUGCGUCAAGCUGCGUCCAGUGGCCAUUCAACACAGUUGGAGCGAAGCACCUGCGUAGCCAGUUUGCGCACGAUUUGGGGAUCCCUCCUCUUCCGAUCCGACCCCCCCGCCCAAGUGAACAGGACGUGUAGGUGGUAAAUAGAACCUACUCUAGUAAGAGCCAAUGGCUGGUGAUUGUGAUAUUAUAAUAUUGCUUUUUAUUCCUUGCGGCCAUCGAAUUUCGGUUUGCAAAGAAGUCUUCUUAAAGAUCUGAGCUUUGGCUUGUCCAUUUCCGAAGGGGUUUCUUUCUUGAUCUUUCCCUUAACGUCUUGGCUUUUGUUGUGUUUUGGAAUGGCUCUGGGAGACGGAAGCUUUAACCCAUCCUGACAUUAUUGGACAGGAAAGCUGUGUUUGAGUAGCAUUCCAGGAGUUUUUCUAGCUGUUUAAACAGUUGCAUAACUUUUGUUUUUUUGGUGCUGCCUCGGUGUUUGGUCGCUCAAGUGACUAGUCCUGCAAUUCAUCCGUGCAAACCUCUGUCAACCUGGACUUUGCAACUGGUUCC